AUGAUCACAGGACUUUGCUUUGUCAAUCCCAACAGCUUUUAUGAAUCUUUGAAAGAUGGUGUUCUCUUAUGCGAACUCUAUCUCCAAUUAUUUGAUCCUUUUAACACCACUAAUUUGAGAUUUUACUCAUUUCUGACCACCAAAUUGAGUCCUUCUCAAGAACGAGACAAUAUUUCUUCGUUUAUCACUGCCUUGAAAGAACGUUCAAUGAAAUGUGAGUGGAAUGUCGAUGCUCUUCAUUCCAAAAAGGAUCUUGAUUCUGUAUUGGAGACUCUUUCAAAUUUGAAAAAGCAAUUUGAAAAGAAGUUUGGAAAUGUGACUUCUGAUGACGAAGAAGAGGACGAGGACUAUGAAGAGAGUGACGAGGACGAUGAUGAGGAAGAGUUCCAAGAUGACAGUUGUCAAAGUGUGGAGUAUAAUAUUAUGGCUCUAAAAGAUCAAAUGAAGAAUCCCUUUCCGGAACAGGUUCAACACUUGAGAGAAUUAUUACUUCACAAACCCUUGACAUGGUGUCAAAAUUUCACUUCCGAACAAUCGUCAUGUGAAGGUGGUGGUAUGCGUUAUUUGUGUGAAAUCAUUUCAGCAUUGAGUAAGAAAUCCUAUCCUUCAGACUCUGAAUGUAAAACCAUGCAAUUCUCGAUUGAGUGUUGUCGUGUUCUUGUCAAGAGAGGAAUUGUUGAACCAUUUGAAAUUGUGAAAAGUAUCUUGUCUCUUCUCAUUCAAUUGUGUCACUCAAAGAAGGAACAUCAUGUACGAGCGGUGCUUCAAAGUUUGGAAUCCAACAUGAAGGAACAUGAUGAACCUUUUCGAUUUUUCAGAUUGAUGGAAUGGUUGAAACAGAGUGACAUUGGUCAAAGUGAGUAUGUUCAGGGAGAAAUUUGUUUGAAAACUCUCAUUCUGCUCCAUUCAUUGAUUCAUUCUUCACAUGUGUAUGUUCAGUCGCUGGUGAGAGACGAAUUGGAAGAAACACAUUUGGAAACAGUUCUGGAGGAGUUGGAAGAUCGUUUUCCUAAAAACCAAAGGCUGCAAGAAUAUAUUCAACAAUGUCUUGAAGCGCUCUAA